AUUUAAUAUAGGGUAGAAGAUAGAUUGAAGAGCGAAGACUGCGAAGGAAGUGGGUAACAAAACACAAACACAUUAACAGAAGAAGCAUAGUAGUCAUUAUAGCAAAAGGCAAAGUGUUCGUUGGUCUGAUUCUAAAAAGCUGCACGAAAGUAAAAUCGAUUUCGAAAUCCAUUUUUCUGAUUCUAAAAAGCUGACUACAGUCAACACAGCCAAAAGCAUCACAAAUGGGUUCGGGAAGCAGAAGCUAUUCUGCGAAUCCUAGCGAUUACAAGCUUCUAGAGGAAGUAGGUUAUGGUGCAAGCGCAACCGUUUAUCACGCAGUUUACCUCCCUUACAACGAAGAAGUAGCUGUGAAAUCUCUCGAUCUAGAUCGAUGCAACUCCAAUUUCGACGAUAUUCGAAAGGAAGCGCAGAUCAUGAGCUUAAUUGAUCACCGUAACGUUGUUAAAUCGUAUUGUUCGUUCGUUGUUGAUCAUAAGCUUUGGGUUAUUAUGCCUUUCAUGGCGCAGGGUUCUUGUUUGCAUCUAAUGAAAGCUGCUUAUCCUGAUGGACUUGAAGAAGAUGCUAUUGGAUCCAUUCUUAAAGAAACUCUUAAGGCGUUGGAUUAUCUUCAUCAGCACGGCCACAUUCAUCGUGAUGUUAAGGCUGGUAAUAUUUUGCUUGAUACUAAUGGUGAAGUCAAACUUUCUGACUUCGGUGUUUCCGCUUCUAUGUUUGAUACUGGUGAUCGUCAGCGUUCGAGAAAUACUUUCGUUGGUACUCCUUGCUGGAUGGCGCCAGAGGUGCUGCAACCUGGUACUGGUUAUAAUUUCAAGGCUGAUAUUUGGUCUUUUGGAAUUACGGCACUUGAGUUGGCUCAUGGUCAUGCACCUUUCUCUAAGUAUCCUCCAAUGAAGGUUUUACUCAUGACCAUACAGAAUGCGCCUCCCGGUCUUGAUUACGACCGUGAUAAAAAGUUCUCGAAGUCUUUUAAGGAAAUGGUUGCUAUGUGCCUGGUAAAAGAUCAAACAAAGAGGCCGUCGGUGGACAAGUUACUGAAACACUCCUUCUUCAAACAAGCCAAGCCUCCGGAGCUUUCUGUGAAGAAAUUAUUUGGUGAUUUACCGCCUCUUUGGACUCGUGUAAAAGCCCUCCAGCUUAAAGAUGCAGCUCAACUAGCACUGAAGAGAAUGCCUUCUGCAGAACAAGAAGCAAUAUCUCAGAGUGAAUAUAAGCGAGGAGUUAGUGCGUGGAACUUCGAUGUUGAAGAUUUGAAAGCUCAAGCUUCAUUGGUGCAGGAUGAAGAUGAUAUUGCAGAGAUAACGGAAGAAGAUGAAAACAAGUUCUUCGGCUCUAACAGGGAUGCAAGUGAUUCUCAAUCCAGCGUGGACAAGAGACAUUCAGAUAACUCACAACAAGACGAGUCCACAUUACAAGUGGGUGGUAAUGACGUACCACAGAGUGAUAAAAGAAAUGGAUUGAUUGCUGAGGCAACAGCAUCUACUUCAGAAAAGGACGUGGGAACAAGCAAAAUUAAAACUCAGGCAGUGAAAGUUGGUAAAACCCAAAGUGGGCCGCUUGUGCCUGGCACAGUGCUUGGUCAUUAUUUACCCGAAAGAGGACGUCUAUUUGAAAGGUUUGAGAAUGAGAGUCAGUUAUCAGGUGAGAAAAGUAACCGUGAUAUACGACGUGCUCCAAGCUUUAGUGGUCCAUUGAUGCUUCCUAAUCGUGCUUCAGCAAAUAGUUUAUCGGCCCCAAUAAAAUCCUCUGGAGGAUUCCGAGAUUCCUCAGAUGAUAAAUCUAAGGCUAACCUAGUGCAAAUUAAAGGGCGGUUCUCAGUGACAUCAGAAAACUUAGAUCUCGUGAAGGAUAUUCCUGUAAGUUCAGUUUCACGCCGAUCUUCGCAGGAUUCUUCACCACUGAAGAAAUCUGCCAGUGUUGGUGAUUGGAUGGCGGAUUUCAAACAACAAAUGCCAAUUGGAGUUGGACAGUCUUCCAAUGAUUCUGCCAAUGUGAAUAUUCCCGCAUCUGUUAUUGUGCCUCACCUUCACAAUCUUUACCAGCAGACGUCUAUUCAACAGGAUCUUAUAAUGAGUCUGUUGAAUAGCUUGCAAACUGCUGAGGCAAAUGAUGCUUCUCAGAAUGGAAAGUUGCCACCAAUACCUCGCAAUUCAGAGAAUAAUGGCAGUGUUGAGACAGCAGCUUCAGAGAGAGAACAACUUCUGCUGGCCAAAAUUUCAGAACUUCAGUCUCGUGUGAGCAGUUUGACAGAUGAACUUACUUCUGAGAAGUUAAAACACAUGCAGUUGCAACAACAGGUAGCUGCUGUCCAUAGCCAGGAGCAAAACGGAGAAAGAGAGGAAGGUGCAUGAAUGUGGAUAAUAAUGAUAGUGUUUAGUGAAGUGUACACCCAGCUGUGAUGAUAAAUUAUAAGUUGUACUCCAUUCUCUCUCUCUCCCCCCCCUCCCCCUCUCUCUAUCUCUCUCUUUGCUGAAGGGUCUCUGCUCUUUGCAUGUUGAUGGUCGAUAAGAGUCAUGUAUCUUCUCCUGUCCAGCUUGCCUAAACAAUCUGAAAGCGAGGCAAGUGAAAAAUGAGCAAAAUGACCUGUCAAGGUUAACCUCAUUAUUUAUUUCAUUCAAGAUUCAGAUGUAUAUAAUCUUCUCUUUUGCUGUAUCACACUGCAAUCGACUAUGGUUGGUUGCAGAUUAAUUAGGAGUUGAAGUUACAGAGACACAACCCCAAGGGAAAAGUAAUAUCUCUCUACAUAUUAUGUUGUUUAUAAAUUAUAUAUUAUUAUUACUAUAUCUUAUUUGAGCUUGUAUAGGUUUAUUGUAUUCUACCUACCGAAUAAUAACAGGUUUUUGUACCAAUUGAAUCAAUGUAGUCAAAUGUUUUUCAACUCUUCAAA